AUGGCCACCUCCGCCGCCCUCCGCCGCGCGCCCUGGGCGUCGGCGGCGGCGGCGGCGCGCGGUCUCCUUGGGGCCAUGAGUGGCUGUCGGGUCCCUCCUCCCCAUCGCCUUCCAUACCGCGCUGAGCGCUCCGCACUUCUCUCCUCCCUCUCGGCCGCCCCGCAGCCGGGCGCCGCUGCCGAUGCCCACCUCAUCCGGGUCAUAAACUAUGAGAUCUCCUGCGCCCAACAAGACUGCAAGAAGCGCGACUGGGUAGACCCUGCCAUCUCUUUAUUGUCCUUCCGUUUUGGAUGCUCCUUCCUCACAGCGAAGGAAUUAGGGGAGUGGUUCCCUUUUGAGAUCCAGGAUAAGGAGGGUACCACUAGGAUAAUUCUCACCAGGAGAGAUCAGAAGGAGCAAAUUGAAGUGGAGGUGUUCUUGCCGAGCGCUGCCGAUCCAGUGGAGCACAAUGGUGAGCAGAAGGAUGAUACAAAAGAUGACAACAGCCAGGAUCAUGCUAUCAAUGGUCCUGCGAAUCAGUACUAUAUCCCGCUGGUGGUGAAAAUUCACAAAGGGAUGGCUUCGUGGCUGGAGAUCAGCUGUAGGUCUUACCCUGAUGAACUUGCCAUUGAGAGCUUGGCGUUUGGACCGACGGACAAGUCUGUUGAUUCAUCAAAUGUUGAAGCUAAGAUAUGUAAUCUUCCUGAGGAACUUCAGCAAGCAUUUUAUGCCUACUUGAAAAGUAGAGCCAUUUCGUCAGAUGUUACCAAUUUCUUGCAUGCGUACAUGAUAAACAAAGAGUGCCACGAGUAUCUCGCUUGGCUGAGAAAACUUAAGGGUUUGAUUAAAAGUAAAUGA